AGGUGGCCAUGUGCAGGACUUGGGGCGCCAGUCUGGGGGGACGGGUAGAAACGGAGGCGGCCGUGGAAAGCACUCCCUGCUCGGUAGGAGGGGGCUGACUGGGGGAGGGACGGCGGUUUAGGGCCUAGGGGGCCACGUGACCCUCCCCCAGGAAUGCGGUGACGUCACCGGGGGCGUGGCUGUCCCCAAAAUUGGGGAGGAAGGGGAAAAAAAAAAGCCAGAAAAAGUUUCUUUCCCGGAGUUCCAAACGAGGUGUGGGGCGGAAGAAGGGGUCAAGACUACAGGCUUGGGGCUACACGGGGCCUGACCGCUGUCUGGAGACCCCUGUUCCAGGCCAUGUCGGGGCCCACUUGGCUCCCCCCAAGGCAGCUGGAGCCUGCAAGAGCCCCUCAGGGGAGAGCACUCCCUCGAGGCGCCCCGGGGCCGCCGCCAGCCCACGGAGCAGCACUUCAGCCCCACCCCAGGGUCAAUUUUUGCCCCCUCCCAUCUGAGCAGUGUUACCAGGCCCCCGGGGGACCGGAUGAUCGGGGGCUCGCCUGGGUGGGGUGCCAUGGAGCACCCCAGCGCUCACAGGGGCUCCCCCCAGAUAGGGGGGCCUUGCGUCCAGGGAGCCUGGAUGCUGAGAUAGACUCACUGACCAGCAUGCUGGCUGAGCUGGAUGGAGGUCGUGGGCAUGCCCCACGGCGGUCGGACCGGCAGGCUUAUGAGCCCCCUCAGCCCCAUGCCUACCGCACGGGCUCAGGCUCCCUGAAGCCGAAUGGAGGGGGUGUUCCUAUUCCUCCCCAACAGCUCUCAGCAUCCCCCUAUGGGGGCCCCACUCCGGCCUCCUAUGCUACAGCCAGCACCCCUGCUGGCCCUGCCUUCCCUGUGCAAGUGAAAGUGGCACAACCAGUGAGAGGCUGCGGCCCUCCCAGGCGGGGGGCCUCUCAGGCCCCCGGGGCCCUCCCGGGCGCCCACUUCCCUCUCCCAGGCCGAGGUGACGUCUGGGGGGCUGGCUAUAGGAGCCACCGUGAGCCAGGGCCAGGGGGUAAAGAGGAGGCUGCAGGAGGAGGAAGAGAACGCGGGUACGGGCCCCAGGUCCCCCUGAGCCAGCCUCCUGAGGAGGAGCUGGAGAGGCUGACCAAGAAGCUGGUGCACGACAUGAACCACCCUCCCACCGGGGAGUACUUCGGGCGCUGUGGGGGCUGCGGAGAAGACGUGGUUGGGGACGGGGCUGGCGUUGUGGCCCUGGACCGCGUCUUUCACGUUGGAUGCUUUGUGUGCUCUACAUGCCGGGCCCAGCUUCGGGGCCAGCAUUUCUAUGCCGUGGAGAGGAGAGCGUACUGUGAGAGCUGUUACGUGGCCACUCUGGAGAAGUGCUCCACGUGCUCCCAACCCAUCCUGGACCGGAUCCUGCGGGCUAUGGGGAAGGCCUACCAUCCUAGCUGCUUCACCUGUGUGGUGUGUCACCGUGGCCUCGAUGGCAUCCCUUUCACAGUGGAUGCCACCAGCCAGAUCCACUGCAUCGAGGACUUCCACAGGAAGUUUGCCCCACGAUGCUCAGUGUGCGGUGGGGCCAUCAUGCCUGAGCCAGGUCAGGAGGAGACUGUACGAAUCGUUGCUCUGGAUCGCAGUUUUCACAUUGGCUGUUAUAAGUGCGAGGAGUGUGGGCUGCUGCUCUCCUCUGAGGGCGAGUGUCAGGGCUGCUACCCACUGGAUGGGCACAUCUUGUGCAAGGCGUGCAGUGCCUGGCGCAUCCAGGAGCUCUCUGCCACCGUCACCACCGACUGCUGAGUCUUCCCAGAAGCACCUGUUACAUUCCCCCUUCCCAUCAGCUACCCUCCCUGACAGCCACCUUUACAACUUUGUCACCAAAUGCUGUCUCCUCUUCCUCCAAUCAUGAAAUAAUAACCCCUUAGGAGUAUACAAAAACACUUUCAAGUGUAUUGUUUCAUCUGAUUCUCACAGCAGCCUCACGCAAGCACAACUGUUGCGACUGUCUGCGUUUUUGUAGGAGAAGUGAUCUCAGAUUGCAUGCUUCCCAAAUGGCAGUACCAAGAUCAGAACCUGGCUGGGUCUUCUUAGACCUAGUUUUUUGUAACUCCACUAUAUACUCUUGCAAACGUAGUUUGGUGUAAAGACACCCCUCCUCUCCGUGCUUGGAGUAAAGCUGCAGCAUGCUUCAAGGAGGCAGCGUUUCCUAUUAAGCCUUCACACCCCACUCCCUGAACAAGGACUUGGGUGUUAUCUCCGGGGUGGUGGUGCAUUUAAUCCGGCACAAGCCAGACUCCGCCUGUUGAUCAAGACCUCAACCUGUAACAGCCCGACCAAGUACUGGUUGGGGAUAAGACAGAUUUGCCGGUUUCGCCUACAAGACGGGGCGCCUCUGUUGAAGGACAGCAGUAACGGGUUUGCAGGUGGUAAAUACUGAGGCGGCAAUAAAGCCUGGCUCUCUGGUGCAGCACAAAAUGGUGGGAGAUACUUUAAAAUGGUUGCUCUAUCCUGCUAAAGGCCUGCAUUCCCCAACUCCGUGCCCUGCGCCAGAAAGGGAAAACAGCCCUGGAUGAGGGCAGGAGGCUCCCCGAGCAGGGUGGUUGGGGGUCAACAACUGGACACGAACUGGUUCAGGCCCCGGACACAUCCGAGGGGCCGCGACCUUCGACCUCAGCCAGACGAAACUCUCCUUCGCGCCCAGAGGGCCCU